AUGCCACUGGACGGCCAAGGCCAGAGACGUAUCGUCGAGUACGCGAGCGCCAAGUUUGUUCCAGUGGAAAGACGAUACCGUGUCAAUGAGCAAGAGUGCCUGGCUGUGAGCUUCCACUUCACGGUGGAACAUGUUCCUGGGGAAAAUGAGUUCGCUGACGAACUUUCCUGGCACCAGGACCCCAAAACCAUAGUCUACGAUGACCAUGGGUGGGACAACCUCCUGUCCCCGGUUCCGAUUACCAACUAUUCGGACCCGGCCCCCGACAGUGCUCUACUGUACAUGCUGCCUGGGCCCAGCACACCGGAGACGGCCACCCCAUUCGCCACCAUGGCAGAGUUGGUGGCUCACGUGCGUGACGCUCAGCAGGACGACCCACAAACGCGAGCCCGACUGGCCGAGUGUGGCGACCAAGCAUUUCCCCAUCACCUUAGUCUCGAUGGCAUGCUUCAGACCCGUGGUGCUCGCAGAGGAAGCCGCUGGAGCAUUUAUGCACCCCCUGCUGCACGGCCAGCCAUCCUACUGUUCUUCCACAGUCAUGAGCUGACGGGGCACCCUGGGGCUGAGCAGACCUUGCGAGAAAUCCGCAGGAUGUUCCACUGGCCGGAAUUCACGGCCGGCAUCAAGCGGUUCGUGCGUGAGUGUCAACGCUGCCAACAGUGUAAGGUGCGUCGACCUGAUGGCGUGGAGCAGCAGGUUCCCCGACGCCCUGACCAUCUGUUCCACGAGGUGGCCCUUGACAUUAUGGGCCCCUACCCACGCACCUCCCAGGGAAAGCAGUUCAUCAUUGUAGUCACUGAUGUGUUCACGCGAUGGACCGAGGCGUUUGCUGUCGCUAAUGUCAAGGCGGGAACAAUCAUCGCCCUACUGGACCGAGAGGUGUUCCCACGAUCAAAUCCCACUGAACGCCGCAACCAAGACAUUAAGACCCAGCUCCAGAUCCGCCUUGAUGAGAACCACACUAAGUGGGAGAUUCACCUCCCCACCCUCUUGUACUGCCUCCGCCGGCGCACGAACGAGGUCACGGGAUAUUCUCCAGCUGAGCUGCUCCACGGUCACAACUUGGCAUUGCCAGCCGAACUGGGCGUUAUUAACACAGAAGAACCUUUCCCGAUCAUUCCAGGCCAGUUUGUGCACGUAAGACUCCAGCAUCUGUCAGCCAGGGGCCGUGGGUUUUGCGUGGCCCUCGCGCCCAAGAGGUCCGGGCCCAGGGAGGUGGUGGCUCGCUUGGGGACGACCAGUUACCUGGUGUGGCAGCCGAAUGGCUGA